AUGAGUAAAGAGCUGAAGAGUAAGACGUUCUGGAGGGCUGCCUUUGCCGAGCUGCUGGGUACGACCCUGUUCAUGUUCCUCAGCAUCUCUGCUGCCGUAGGAAACCAAAACAAAGAUGGUCCUGAUCAGGAGGUCAAGGUGGCCUUCUCUUUCGGCCUGGCUAUAGCAACCUUAAGUCACAGCCUGGGCCAUGUGAGCGGCGCCCACUUCAAUCCAGCCGUCACCUUGGGGCUGCUAACGAGCUGCCAGAUUAGCAUCCUGAGGGCCACGAUGUACAUCCUGGCACAGAUGCUGGGGGCGACCGUGGCCAGUGGCCUUGUGUGCGAAGUUAAACCGAGCAACGUCAGUGGGCUGGGCGUCAACACCCUAAACAGAAUCACCCCAAUACAAGGCAUUGGCAUUGAGCUACUGGCCACCUUCCAGCUGGUCCUGUGUGUCAUAGCGACUACCGAUAAGAGGCAGCCUGGCACGAGGAGCUUGGCCCCGCUGGCGGUCGGCUUUUCAGUGUGCCUCGGGCACCUGGCUGCAGUCAGCUACACAGGUUGUGGGAUAAAUCCUGCUCGCUCCUUUGGCCCAGCUGUUGUUACGGGCAACUUUGAAAACCACUGGGUGUACUGGGUGGGGCCUCUGUGUGGAGGUGUGAUGGCUGCCCUCGUUUAUGACCUUGUCCUAUGCCCCAAACAACAUUUGUCUGACCGUGUGACGGUUCUGUUCAGUGGCCGAGGAGGGGAGUGCAGCAUCAGCAAGCCAGAAAAAAGGGCUGAAAUUGAAGUGCCAACCAAGGUCUGAAAUAUCGUUAAGUGCCGUAUUAUAAUUUAUGUAUUAGCAUCACGUGGUAGUCAUGUUUCAUUAUGUGCUUUGGAAUUGGGGGGUUAAGGGCCUUGCUGAAGGGCCCAACGGAAACGUGUCUAUUCAGCUGAGGAUGGGAUUCAAACCAGCAACCUUCCAAUAAUGGGCACAGAAGCCUAAUCACAUAAUCACACACAACAGUAAACAACAGUGAACUGGU